AUGGAGGAAUCGAUUUCCGCCAAAAAGAACUCGGAGAAGAAAGCUCGAGUUUUCGAUCUGCAAGCCAUGAUGGCUCAAGCGUUAAGUAAUGCGCCGCGAUCGGAAGAAUCUGCUCAUACACAACAAUCUGCGUCGCUUCCUUCCAGAUCGGAGUCAGGUGUCUCUUCCUCGGCUGUUUCAGAUGACGACGACGAUGAUUUCAUGCCUGCGCUUCCUCCUGGUUUCCAGAAAAACAACGACGAAGCUGGACCAUCUUCUUCAGCUGUGGACAAUACUGAAGAUAGCGACGAUAGUGAUUUCGACGAGACUGACGCUAUUUCCAUCAUCAAAUUGAUUCCUGCUGCUUGUGAGGCAAAAAUCAGACAUGGAACGCAAGCAAUAAGUGCUCUUCGGGUUGAGCCUCCCGGUGUUCGUUUUGCUAGUGGUGGUCUUGAUUAUUACGUCAAGCUAUUCGACUUUCAAAAAAUGGACAUGUCUUUGAGACACGACAAAGAAUUGCUUCCAGCCGAGAGUCAUGUCAUUAACUCUUUAGCUUUUUCACCCAACGGUGAAACCCUUGUCGUGGCCAGUGGAGAAGCCAUCAUUCGCCUUCUCGAUCGAGCUGGUAAACAAUGGUCAGAAACAGUCCGCGGAGAUCAAUAUAUUGUGGAUCUCAACAUCACCAAGGGUCACACUGCCACUGUAAAUUGCGUUGAAUUCAAUCCUCUGAACAAAAACGAAUACCUCUCUUGUUCUGAUGACGGAAGCUUGCGUCUCUGGAGUUUGGAAGAUCAUAAAGUUAUCACGAAGUGUAUCAACAAGCAUAGAAAAGUCAUCAAAACCAAAGGAGCACAUGGGAAACGUGUCAGUCCACAAGUCUGUACAUUCUCUCCUGAUGGUAAAUGGAUUGCCGCUGGAUGUGACGAUGGAUCUGUUCAAGCAUGGAAAUACGGAUCGCAAUAUGUGAACGUAAACUACCUCGUUCGGAAGGCACACAGCGGCUCCAUAACUUCUAUUGCAUUCUCUCCGGAUUCAAAACGGCUGCUUUCUCGAGGAUUUGAUGAUACUUUGAAAAUGUGGAGCUUGGAAAAUGCCAAAGAACCUCUUCUAGUCAAAACAGGACUCGAAAAUGCAUUCAAAAGCACAGAUUGUGGGUUCUCUCCUCGCGCUGAAGUCGUAUUCACUGGAACUUCAUCUCCUAAUAAGGACACACCUGGAACUUUGCAGUUUUUCGAUCCGAUGACUUUUGAAUUAGUUUACAAAAUCGACUUCCCGGGAGUAUCCUGUCAUCGAGUUCAGUGGCAUCCUCGUCUUAAUCAGAUUAUCGUCGGAUUAUCAGAUGGAACAAUUCAUGUCUACUACGAUCAGGCAAUAUCUCAACGUGGAGUCAUGUCGUGCGUCACCAAGCCAUUGAAAAGAAAUCGAGCUUCAGAAGUUGUGCGAGAGGAUAUGGUUCUAUCGCCACUGUCUUUGGAAAUGUUCCAGCCUCGUGGAGAAGAAGGGGAAGAGAAGGAGGUUACUGGAUGGCGAAUCAAGAAAUAUCUUCGAAUGCAAGAUAACAAGUUGCGUCCAGAGUUUCGAAAGCCUGCCGACAUGCCAAUCAACGGAAAAAGUGCGAAUGGACGUGUUGCUGCAAGUGGAGGCAGUCUUCAUUCCUACUUGGCAAAACAGAUUGGAACUGCUCGUAACGCUGAGUUCUUGCGAGAUACUGACGUUCGUGCUAGUAUUUUGAAACACGCUAAAGACGCUGAAGAAAAUCCAUUGUACAUUGAUAAAGCGUACCGAAAGACUCAACCGAAAAAGAUUUUCCAAGAUACAACAGUCGAGCCAGAAGACCAAGACGACGAAGAGCUGCAACCUGUAUUCAAGAUGCCAAGAACGAAGUAA